UCAAAAAAAAAUAUUUUUCAUCAAAAACAACUUAAAAAAAAUCAUGACAAAAAAUCUAAUUAUUUGUAUUAAAUUUGACGUUGAAUAAAAAUAUUUGUGGAUUUAAUUUGAAAUAAAUUUUUUGUGGAAUGUCUACUGCCCUUUCAAAUUUUGAGAAAGUUAACUUAUGAUACAUUCGCGGAAAUGUCGUCGGAAAACUUUGAAGAGCUCACUGACGUUGAGCUGCACCGCAAACUACUCGAAUAUGAGUUCCCGUAUGUGCCCAUUACAGAAACUAGUCGCGGAUUUCUUGUGAAAAAGCUGAAGAAUCACGUAAGGAAUUUGAGAAGCCGGAAAGCUUCAACGAAAACGUUUGUAACGCAGCGCGAAAAACAAGAGCUAAAAAACCUGCUAACACAAGCCAAUGACUGGAGCAAACAAACUCUUCAGCGCAGUCCAGACUUAAGUGAAACAUUAACCCCUACGAAUACCGAACAAUCUAUUUGUCCUGAUACCGACUACACACUACAAGCUGAUCAAUUACUCCACUCAUCGCUAAACCCCUCACUCCAGCGAAAUAGAACACACAGAUCAGAUCAGCAAGUUGCCACUUUAAGCGACAAUGAUUCAAAUGGAUUCUGCUGCAUGAUUUGGAAAGUGUUUGGCAUUCAAGAAAAUUAUACCAACUGUGUGUGGUGGUCCUUUGCGCUGUUUUUUGUUGUGAUUGCAUUUAUUUAUAUGAUGAAGAGCGCCGAUUUUUCACAGUACAUCAACAAAAAUAAUACGAAUUACGUAAUCUGCGAAAGGCUUGAUUCGACCGGGCCGUUUUUGAGGCCACCAUUUGUCUGCAUCGAAAGGGAACGUCUAGAUCCAGCCUUAGUGGUUGUUAGGAAACUAAUGCUGCAGCUGAAAGAACGGUACGAAAACCACUACUGUUACGAUCAAAAGCAGUCGAGAACUCUUAGUGUGACUGAAUUUAUUAGAUCAAUGUUCGAAGAAGGUAGCUCGGUAGACAUGCGCAUCGUCAGAGAGGCGCAGUAUCUUAUCACUUGUAAUCCUCAAUGGAACAUUAGGAUGGUAGACCACGAAGGGUCGCCAGUUAUUUUCAAUGGAGUUGACAGGAUACUUCCCAACCAGAAUACAUUCUUCGUUCUCAAGCGGCCUCAAUUGCCUUUAGCUUGUUUGUUGUACCAUAAAGCACAUCAGUUUAAGGGUUUCAUUGGUAAUGCCUCAAUUCUAAUGUGUUUGCUAAUCCUGUUCUAUCUCUCUUAUCGCUAUGUAUGUCGAGUCCAAGAGCAACAUUUGCAGGCUGUGCAAAAUCUUCUUGAUAACAUUGUAGAGGAACUACAGCAUCGUGCAGCGGAUAGUGAAAAUUCUGAAGGACGUGAAGUUGUUAUCGAUAAUUUGCGUGAUCAACUGUUGCCUUCUAAUAAACACAUAUGUGAAAUGAGAUUUUGGAAUGAGGCCUUGAAGGAGUUGGAAUCGAAAGAUAGUCGAGUACAUUUUGAUUUUACGAUGCGGGAUGGUCAUGAAUGUCGCACAAUACGUUGGGUGGAUACUAACGAGGAUCAAGAAAAACCGAUUACGGUAGAAACUAACUGUUAAGUUUUUAUCUAAUUGUUUGGCAUUUGUUGUAUUUUAAAUUAAAAAAUAUUAAUUUAAGUUGUCUGAUAAUGAUAUGUCUAAUUUAA